CCUGCUCCGCCUUCCCGGAGCGAGAAACCGAAAGAGACGCCUCCCUUUGCGCUCCGCUCGCUCCCUGCUGAAAAUGUCCGGGUUUAGUUUGGAUCUGGGGCCCGCCAAGGAGCCCAUCGGCUUCAUCAAAUUCCUGCAAUGGAUAUUCUCCAUUUUUGCCUUUGCUACCUGUGGCGGAUACAGUGGGCAAACAUCUAUAUUUCUCGUGUGUAAAAGUGCCCCAAAUAUCACAUGGACCCGUGAUUUCUUCUAUCCUUUCAGGUUGAGCAAAAUUUCAUUUGGACCUCUGGACUCACCAGCAAAAUGCAACAAUACUUGGCCCUUGCCCGUGUACUUGGUGGGAGAUUUCGCCUCCUCUGCUGAGUUCUUUGUGACUUUUGCAGUUCUCGUAUUCCUGUACUGCACCGCAGCCUUAAUACUGUAUCUCGGUUACAUGCACUUGUAUCGAGGUGCUGGAAAACUCCCCAUGAUUGACUUCAUCAUUACAGUCAUCAUUUCUUUCCUGUGGCUGGUCAGCACAUCAGCCUGGGCGAAGGCACUUGUUGAUAUCAUAUCGUCCACCGGACCCAACAUAGUUACGGGAACUAAGUAUUGCACCACACAGCCUGGGUUUUGCCAUUUCAAUGAGAUCAGGAGGAUGGGAUCCUUGAAUGUGUCUGUGGUUGUUGGCUUCCUCAACCUGAUUCUGUGGGCUGGCAACGCUUGGUUUGUCUACAAGGAAACUAACCUACAUAAGCCUCCCUCCAGCGCUUCUCCAAACGACACCAGUUCUCCGUCUCCUUCAGGGAUGUGAAGAGUCUGAAAAGGCCUUUGGUAUGGAAAAGCACCUCUCGCCUCAGGAUGAUCCUCGUGGCUGUUACCUUCCCUCUCCUCCCUCCUCCACUGUGUAAUUGUUGUGUGAAAAAUUGAUGGGUUUCCCUUUUGGGUUUCAUGUUUUGUUUUUGCUCCCAUGCCGAGGACAGAACCGAAAGUGACACCAUGCAUGAGGACCAUUACGCUGCAUGAAAGCUUGUUCUCUGCAUUGAAAAAGGGGAUUUUGCUGUCUUGGGUUCGAAAGCUCCACCAUGUUAAUAAAAGAUUGAGUGGGCAGCA